AUGCCUUCAGAAAUCGAAAGCCCAGCACUGCCGUCGACCGAGAUUUCGGCAGCCCUCUCUUCUCCUCCUCUCUCACUUCCUCCAGCGGGUCAAGAUGGGCGAGAUGCACAGCGUGCAGUCGCUGGCGAGGCAGAUCCGGAUACUACAGCAGGCUCUGCUCCUAUACCCAUACCUUCCUCAGAGUUCAAACCGAGCAAACAGACGAUUUCUCAACGCCACCCGUCUAACACGUUCUAUCGCUCUUGCGAGAUUUCAUUCAUGGAGCCCGUCGGCUCCAUGUCCAUCAGUCCCGCUAAUCGUGAUGUGGUGCUUGCUGCUCGUAAGGGCCUUUUCAUCAUCGAUCUUGAAGAUCCAUUUGCCCCGCCUCGCUUUCUUGCCCACAUGACCACAUGGGAAGCUGUCGACAUUCAGUGGUCGCCACAUCCUGCACGAAGCAACUGGGUCGCUAGCACUUCGAACCAAAAGCUGCUCAUAUGGAACCUUGAUAGGCCUGGAGACCCACGUGUAGCACCGCCCAUCACGAGAAUGUUGCACCGCAAUUCAAUUCAUAGCAGCUCGAGUCCCGCAAUGCCCAGCAAUGCCCACUUCGCCACUCAUCGCAACAGCGUCUAUCAAAGCGUCUACAACAGUCAAAGUCUGCAUUCAGGCAUCACAGGUGGCACUCGCAGCGGCUUUGGCGCCAUCUCUGUAGACUCUCCGUACGCCGAGACGCCCUUCUCUGCUGCAUCUCAGCUGCAACUCUCAGCUUCAAGAUCGUCGUCUAUCGAACACGUGCUCCACGCACAUUCCAGAGCAAUCACGGACAUCAACUGGUCACCCUUCCAUCCCGAGCUUGUCGCGUCUAGUUCCAUUGAUACCUGGACAUGGGUCUGGGACCUUCGUAUGAGCGGCGGUUCUGAUGGCUCAAGCGGAGGUAGGCAGAAACCUGCACAGGGUUACUCAGCAUGGAACGCCGCCGUGACCCAAGUCAAGUUCAAUCGAGCCAGUGAACAUCGACUCGCUUCCACGUGUGACAACAAAGUGCUCAUCUGGGAUGACCGUAAAGGCUCUCUUCCACUUGCCACAAUAGAGGCUCACGAGAACAAGAUUUACGGCAUCGAUUGGAGUCGAGACACCAGCCUCGGCUUGGACAGGCUCAUCACCUGUUCUCUCGACAGAACCGUCAAAUUUUGGAAUCUGGCCUCCGACACUUCGCAAGCCGCGAUUGGUGCUAGAGAGCUCGUCACUGAGGCUGAAUCGGUCAUCGAGACACGAACGCCAAUCUGGCGAGCGCGUCACCUGCCUUUUGGCAACGGUUGCUUGACCCUACCCCAGCGUGGAGACACUGCACUAAGCAUGUGGUCCAAAGAUGAGCCUGAGGAGCCCAAAGCUACUUUUGCUGGUCACACCGACAUUGUCAAAGAAUACCUCUUCCGCACCAAAGGCGGCCAGGAUCGAGGCAGCGACGACCGUCAAUUCCAGCUCAUCACAUGGUCCAAGGAUCAGACGUUGCGGCUCUGGCCCGUAAGCGAGGAACAGACACGCAAGGUAGGUCACAAACCAGGUGGUCCGAUCCGUGUCUUGCUCACUCGAGCCAAUGCACCAGACAUUUCAUACCGUGAUCCUCCUCUGGCCCUUCCGCCCGGUGGCGAGGAUGCUGCUGGGCUCGUAAGCCAAGCGUCUGGUAGCAACAUAACUAGUUCGUCCAUUCUUCCACCAGAGCAUGCUACCCGGUCGCUCCUAAGCGGCAAGGGCAGUAUCGGCAAGGUCCAGACCACCUCUCCCUACAGCUCCUCGUUAUCAGGCUUUCAGAAUGUUUUGCGCGACGGCAGAGCCAGUCCCUUGGCAGCGUUUGGGACUAGCUCUGGUGGUGGUAGGCGAAGGAGCCUCCAUCACAGCUCAAGCCAAGGCGAUCUGGGAAUGGAUUUCAACCAGCUGUCCCGUAGUCCUGUGCUCGCACGGUCGUGGGGCCGUGUUGAGGCGUCAGAAAGUGGGACGGGCCUCCUUCAUGCCUCGCAGUUGGCCCGCUCGUUGCCAAAGCAAGCUAUCGACGAUCACAUGGGUCGAUUGGCGACCUCACAACACAGCGGCAAGUACGGAGGUGGUAAUGCGUCUCAUCACAGCGGCGGGCACUCGUCAUUCAAGAUACCUGCAAGUUUGCGAAACAAGUCCAUAUCUGGAUCCGGCGCUGCUUCCAAACAGAGACUGUCGAACCAGCAAAUAUCGUCUGGACGCCCACUGACGAUCCAAGAAGAGCGUAGUAGCCAUAAGCAUUCGAAAAAAUACUCUGAGCGCAAGGACAAGGACAAAACUGGCAGGAAGGAAGAGCGCCGCAAGCCUGCCAAGGCGUCCGAUUCUCGCAACAGCAAGAAGGGAGUGGGUGCGGCUAUGCGGCUUGACAGAGGCCGUGCAGCUGCACCUGCCGUCGAUCCCAUCGAGUGGAUCGCCAACGUGCGCAUGGAAAAGGACCUGUCUGAAGAUCACACUGGCGGAGAGACCAGCCAAACACGGGACUCAGAUGGCAUGGGCCCAUCGCGAUUCGUCUCCAGCAAAGGUAACCGGAUGGGUGUCGCUUUUGGUCGAGGCGGUCUCACUACGGAAGAUGAAACGGAUGCUGAUUCCGGGUUUACCGCUCAGGGACUCGGCGACGAGAUCAUCAGCAUUAAUCGCAAGUUGCCUCGUAUCGUCUUCGAAAAAGUCGAGCUGACGCGUCGUGUGUGUGUGCUCACCAUGUACGGUCCGUGGGCAGAUCACGAACCGGCAUUCUUACGCAUCAAAAUCAAAUUUCCCGCGAGCUACCCACGACGGGCUCCACACUUUGAUCUGGAAAAGGGCGCCAACAUCAGUCUCAAGACACGUGCGUACUUGCUGCGUGGGUUGUCGCGUCUCUCGACGAAAGCGGCUAAAGCGGGUCGUCCGUGUAUCGAGAAGUGCGCACGCUUUUUGAUUGGAGAGCCUGUCAAGUCGCUCGACGACGGCGUUGAGCACGAUGACGAUGAUGAAGACGUCGAGGCUGAUCUGACAACCAGUCGAGGUGGCGGAUCGAUCGCGUCGGACUCGGAAUCAAAUCAUGAGCCAUUCGCGUUUCGUCCGGCGCGCUCGAAGUCGCUCAUGGCAGACAAGACUCUUCCUGGGCUCAAGAUCCCGCCAAGAAAGAUGGGCGCCACUUUCGGACCCAACAACGAGCUGGUCGUAUUCGGUGGAACUCCAAACCUGUAUGCGCAAUCGCGCAACUCGUCUCGCCAAGCUUCGCGUCAAACAUCGCGUCAAACAUCGCAACGGCCCUCCCGUUCGACCUCUCAGGCACCGCAGGCCGGCGACACGUCUCUGUCUGCUCUGCCACGUGCACAAUCAAAGUCUCGACUCAUGAGCCGAGAAGGAGGCAGCAAAAGCGCUGGCGAACAGAGUCCUGGGACACACAGUAAGGAGGAUGCGGACGAGGGUGAAGAAUCACGCUUCCUACGCUCUUAUACAGCCUUGUCCAAUGCAAUGUCGUCGCUGGCACGCUACUCCAGGAUGGCAAGUGAAGGUGUCACUACAGGCUACUCGGUGCGCGACUCGGAUGUGGUUCAGCUGAUGAGCACCGACUUUUUCGCACGACGAUUGCUACGAAAGAAGGACUUUUUCGACGUGUUCGGCAACGCCGACGCCCAUAGUGGCGCGGCUACACCCAUGGGCAAGGAUUCACUUGUGGCAAGGCAUAAGGCGACGUCAUCGCGAUUCUACAACGGAAGCGGAGCGUCUACACCCGGAGCGGCGCGCAGAGACGGAACCCGAGGUGGCUAUGGUUCCGCGGAUGAGCAUAGAGGAGGCAGCAGAAGCGGUGGAGGAGCCAACUUUGCGCAUCAUGCGGACUUGCUUGGCUCGUUGCCAGCACCUGCUGCUUUGUUGGCAAUCGACAGGUUGAAGGAGUCGCAGAGAAAGAGGCAGCUCGGACUCGUGACUAUCUAUCAGCUUGUCGAGAUGGGCGCCGAAGAAGCAGAUGCGAUAUCUCUGCCGCAGCAAGAGGGGAGCAAUACUAAUGAAUAG